CAAACUUAUUCUUUCAAUUUCUUUGAUUCAUCAAUAGUGGUGAAAGUGGAAGCGGCAAAACAGAACAAUUCAGACAAGCCAUUGACUACUUAACCUUACUUAGCACAAAUAAAAAAUCAACGCGCACUCAAGCAAACAUUAAUCAUGCUCAAACCAUUAUUCGUGCAUUUAGUCACGCAAAAUCAACAAGUCAUGACAACGUCUCCAGAUGUACACUUUAUACUGAGUUGCAUUUUACUGAAAGAGGUCGUCUUACCGGCGCAAGAUUCUUACCUUAUGCUCUCGAGAAAUCGAGAAUAACCGCAGCUGGUCAAGAUGAACGCAACUUUCAUAUAUUCUACAAUUUACUAUCUGGUGCAACGCAAGAAGAAAAGGCACAUUUGUCACUCAGUGACUGGUCUAGCUUUCAAUAUCUUUUGAAGACAAACACAGCAAGAAUAACAUAUUUGGAUGAUGGUGUAGCAGAUAAUGAACUACGUACAGCCAUGAAAUCAAUAUUGCCUCGUCGACAGUGGGUAGGACAAGUUUAUCAACUCAUUGCGGCUAUCUUGCACUUAGGAAAUAUCCAAUUUGCUGAAGAUCCAAACAAUUCUCAAGAUGCUGCAAUAGUUAAAAAUUUGGACACGCUUGCUCUAGCUGCUGAUCUGCUCGGUGUCGAUGCCAAUUCUCUUUUGAGUACCUUGACAUUCAAAAGCAAAAUGAUCAAAAGAGAUAUCACAACCUUAUUUCUUGAUCCUGCCCAAGCAAGUAAACAAAGGGAUGAACUUGCACAAUCACUUUAUAGUCUAUUGUUUACAUGGCUGGUUGAACAAAUCAAUGAUCGUUUAGCGCCGAAGAAUGCUCACAGCUUUAUAGGUUUGGUAGAUUCUUCUGGCUGGCUAUAUUCCAAACCAGCUGGUCAUAAUUUUGAUCAGUUUGCCUUUCACUUUAUCCAAGAAAAACUUCAUCAAUUUAUGCUGAACAGUAUAUUUGAGCGCGAUCGACAAGAAUAUGCAAAUGAAGGGAUAACACCUGCGUCUGUCAGUACAGCAGUAUGGCCGUCCAAUGCAUCUACUAUCUCUCUAUUUACUCAUCCCUCACGCGGUUUAUACUCCAUCAUGAACUCUCAAGCAUCUCGCCAGUAUUAUCAGCAGCAACUAAGUAAUGAGGAUGAAGCAUUGAUGGACAACUAUACCAGUGCCAAUAAAACAGCUAUUAAUGACCAAAUUUUAAGUUUUGUGAAAAGUGAUACAGGUGCGAGGAUGUUCGGCAUACAGCAUUUUUGGGGAUCUGUCAGCUACAACCCUCAACAAUUCUCUGAACGAAAUCAAGACUAUUUAUGCAACGAUUUUAUAGCUUUAUUUCAUGGGAAUGCAUAUAAUCCCUCCACUACAAAUGCAUUGGUGGCUCAUAUAUUCGAUGAAAAGUUACUGGGCUCCGAUGAUGGCACGCGAAACCGCGUAAUAUCACAGCAACAGGGAAUUCGGCCGCUAAGAGCGCCCACAGUCAUGACAUCAGGACAGCAAGCAAAUAUUCAAACGGACCAAAAAGCUGACGAUGCCAUUUCAACAGCAGCAGAGUCACUAAACUCGCAUGUUCCGUCUAUAGCAGACCUGGUAGCUUCGGGUAUUAGCGAUUUAACGCAUGCACUAUCUUUGACACAAGCUUGGUUUGUAUUCUGCUUCAGACCGAAUGACUUAUCCUUACCGAAUUCAUGUGAUGUCAAGAAGAUUGCAGGCCAAAACUCCUCAUUUGAAAUACUCAAUAUUUUGAGACACAUAAAGGCGGUUAACUAUACGGCAAGCUUUACUAUUGAAGAUUUCUGGGAUAGGUACCAUAUAUCCAUACCUUUGACAAUAAAUACAGUGCCAGAUGCCAAUCUAUCAAUCAAAGACAAAUGUAUAUUUAUUGCUCAAACUAUGAGCUGGGAUGAAAGUUGGAUGGUCGUUGGCGAAACAAAGGUUUAUUUAUCGAAUUACGCAUUCAGAAUCCUUGAAGAUGACCUACGAAGCUUGGAAAAAUCAGAAUCAAAAAAGUCGAAAAUUUCCUCAUCAGUGCAUAGUAAUCCUCUCGCUGGCCAGAAAUUCUACGAUGCGUAUUCUUUUAAUGAAGAUAUAAUGUCUUCUGCAGCUUCUGACGAUGAUUUCAUAAGCGAGGCAUGCUUACACGAGUACAAUAAUUCGGAAGUAUUUUCGCAAGCAACACUCGACGGUAAAAAAAGCAGCUCGUUACUACUUCACGGUGGACAUCAGCAUAGUAGCUUCCAAGAAAAACAAAAUCGCGAUGCUGAACGAGUUGAUAAAGCAGAUGGCAGGAAAUCAAGCGAACAGGCGGAAAAAGAGCUUGAGCCACCUAUGAGCUCUGUUCGCCGUCGAUGGUUAAUUUUUGUAUGGUUUUUGACUUGGUGGGUCCCUUCUCCUGCGCUCAAUCACUGUGGUGGCAUGAAAAGGCGGGAUGUACGCCUCGCUUGGAGAGAAAAGGUAGCUUUAUGUUUGCUCAUUUUCUUCCUUUCUGCCUGUAUGGUCGUCUUCAUUGUAUUUUUCGGCCCACUUAUCUGUCCCCAUCAAGAUGUCUUUUCAUUUUCUGAAUUGCAAGGUCGCUCUGAGAAAGAUAAUGCAUACGUGGCUAUACGUGGUGAAGUAUUUGACUUAACAAAGUUUGCCCCACAUCACUGGGCAUCCGAAGUCAUUCCUGAUAGUGCUAUUUUUGACUAUGCCGGUAAAGAUGCCACUAACUUAUUCCCUGUUCAAGUCUCAGCCCUUUGCGAUGGCACCACUGGGAGGAUUCCUGAAGAACUAGUACUAGAUUACCAAGUCAACUUGACUGAUCGUAAUGCUGCGUACCAUGAUUUUAGAUUCUUUACGAACGAUUAUAGGCCGGAUUGGUAUUUUGAACAAAUGGUUUAUCUUCGUAAGAACUAUCGAUUGGGUUUUAUGGGUUAUGAGCCAUCAGACAUUCUACGACAGGCAACAAAUGUAGUGAAUGUAGGCGACGUCAGUACACAUAGAAGCUGGGCAAUCCUUCAUGGCGAUGUGUAUGAUUUGACAAACUACCUUCUGGGUGGCAGAGCCCCUCGCGCACCUGAAGGGAUGUCACCGCCUUCUAAUCUGGAUAUCAACUUUAUGGACAAUAGCAUCGUGCAGUUAUUUAGGCAAUUGGCUGGUACAGAUAUCUCAAAACACUUUGAUGCUUUGCCUAUAUCUGAGGAUCUAAGGACACGUCAGUUAGUAUGUCUGCGUAACUUAUUUUUUGUGGGCAAAGUUGAUACUAGACGAUCUAUUCAAUGUCUUUUUUCGGAAUACUUUUUAUUGAUCGUCACUGGCUUCCUGUGUGCUGUAAUCUUAUUCAAAUUCCUGGCUGCCCUACAAUUAGGUACGAAUCGUGAGCCUGAGAAUUAUGACAAGUUUAUAAUUUGUCAAGUCCCUUGUUACACUGAAAGUGAAGAAUCAUUGAAGAAGACCAUUGACUCUAUCGCUGUGCUACGCUAUGAUGACAAGAGAAAGUUACUAUUCCUAGUUUGUGAUGGUAUGAUUGUUGGUAGCGGUAACGAUAGACCAACUCCUCGCAUAGUACUUGAUAUCUUAGGGGUCGAGUCUACAGUUGAUCCCGAGCCUUUAUCUUUCUUAUCACUGGGCGAGGGUAUUAAGCAGCACAAUAUGGCAAAGAUUUAUUCUGGUCUGUAUGAAUGUGCCGGUCAUGUUGUUCCAUAUCUCGUCGUAGUCAAAGUGGGUGCACCUAACGAGCGUCAAAAACCUGGCAACAGAGGCAAGCGUGAUUCUCAAAUGGUUCUAAUGAGAUUCCUGAAUAAGGUACAUUUUGAAUCCCCUAUGACGCCCAUGGAACUAGAAAUAUACCAUCAAAUCAAAAAUGUAAUCGGCGUCAAUCCAAGCUUUUAUGAGUUUGUACUCAUGGUUGAUGCGGAUACUGAAGUCUUACCUGAUUCCCUCAAUCGUAUGGUAUCUUGUUUCGUACAUGAUUCGAAAAUAGUGGGCCUAUGUGGCGAAACAAAGCUGGCGAAUGAAAAAGAUAGUUGGGUCACUAUGGUACAGGUUUAUGAAUACUAUAUUUCUCACUUUUUAUCUAAGGCGUUCGAAUCUCUAUUUGGCUCUGUGACCUGUUUGCCUGGUUGCUUUUGCAUGUAUCGUGUGCGAUCUCCAGGUAAAAACCAACCCUUACUCGUCAGUAACCAAGUUAUUGAAGAUUACGCUGAAAAUAAAGUCAACACUCUCCACCAGAAGAACCUGCUUCACCUUGGUGAAGAUCGCUAUUUGACCACUCUCAUUCUGAAGUAUUUUCCAACGUACAAAACAAAAUUUACUGCAGACGCAGGAUGUUUAACGAAUGCACCGGAUAGAUGGAGCGUGUUGCUUUCGCAGCGUCGGCGUUGGAUCAAUUCCACUAUCCAUAAUCUUGGAGAGUUAGUAUUCUUACCUCAGCUUUGCGGUUUCUGCUGCUUUUCCAUGCGUUUUGUUGUUAUCCUAGAUCUGCUCAGUACGCUUGUUAUGCCAGCAGUCGUUUGCUAUCUUGGUUUCCUUAUUUAUCGUCUGAUCGUAAACGCUGAUCAAGUACCGUUCAUUUCAAUUAUCACUCUUUGUGGUGUCUAUGGUUUACAAGCUAUUAUAUUUAUCAUUCGCCGAAAGUGGGAACAUAUAGGAUGGAUGAUAGUUUAUAUUCUAGCCAUUCCACUAUUUUCAUUCUUCAUACCUAUGUAUGCCUUUUGGCACUUUGACGAUUUUUCUUGGGGCAAUACACGUGUUGUCCUUGGCGACGACGGUUCAAAAAAGGUUCUACCUACAGACGAAGGUAAUUUUGACCCUAAAUCGAUACCUUUGAAAAAAUGGAGUGACCAUGAGAAUGAACUUUGGGAAACCGGGUCAGCAGAAACCAAAGGAACAACCAUCACUUCUUCCACAAUACGCCGAACAGCUAAUGGACUCACAUCGUCCAUGCUGCCUCCUCCGCCACCCAUCCCUCCUACGCCUGUAAUGAACUAUUCACCAUAUAACAUGACACCAUUAAUGAAUAAUACUGCGAUCAGCCUGAACCAAAUACCCUUACCUAUGAUACCUACUUCUUCUGCUCCUGGGAGCAUAAUGAACGGUAGUGGCUUAGGUGGCCCAGUUCUACGGGAUAAUGCUAGUGGUAGCUUUAGGUUUUCUCAACCAAAUUUAACACAGACUAGGAAUUCUCACCUACCAAGACCGUCAACCCCUUCGAUUUAUAGUGAAGGUGGUGGUAGUGUGCAUAGCAGUAGUAUUGCUUUAGCUAAUAAUGGCGGUUAUUUUGUGCCAAGCAAUUAUAACAACAGUAGUGGCAAUGUUUCUGGAAGAAUAAUAUUGCCCGAUAGCAACGGUAACUUUCCUUCAGACGAAGAAAUUCGCCAGGAAGUUCAGCGUAUAACAGCAACUGCAGAUUUAAUGACAGUAACCAAAAAGCAAGUACGUGAACAGCUAAGUCGAUACUUCGGUGUCAAUAUGGCCCAUAAAAAGGAUUACAUCAAUUAUUGUAUUGAAGAAGCAUUGAAUUUUUGAUCGUAUUACUAUAAGAUAUUUUGACUUCCAUUAUUGAUGCCCUUCCUUGUAACAAACUUUAUAUAGAGAAAGC